CUAAGCAACCAAUAACUAAACCAGGUAAUACGUAGAGGCAGCAAAGUUGCUACAUUAUUUUUGAGGCGGUUUUUUACUCUUGCUUUUUUUAAUGUUUAAUAGUUAUGUAGGUUUCAAUUUUUACACAAAUGCGUUUAUAAAAUGGAGUUCAACAUAGAUGUUAGAAAAAAACAACUGCAAAGCCUCAGUCAAUAUAUUAAAUCUUCAAAGGAUAAUGUGGAAGCAAUUUUGCAGUCUCUUGGGUGGAAUGCUAAGAAUACUGUCGAGAAUGAAGACCCAAAGAUAAACUGCCUCAUAAAUCCCAAUCAUUUGCUAUCAUUUGCAACCAGUGCUGAGCACAUUGGACUGUGCCAAAUACGCUCAUAUGGAUAUGAUAUUAACGGAGAUUUCUUGUCGGAUACUCCAAGUCCUACUACUUCCACAAUAAAACUAGAUAAUAAAACUAAAAUAGAAGUGUUGAGCACGGCAAGGUUUAGCAAUUCUACAUUUAGAGCAGCUUGGAAUGGUCACGAUCCUGAUCCAAUGACGUCAGAUCGGCUACACUCUACAUUUUCAGCAGACGAAAGACUGGCUCUGUAUGACUAUUGCGUCAAAAAUACUGAACCACCCCCCGAACCGGAAGAGUUUACCUUGUCCGUCAACAAUGAAAAAGAGGGCGACAAAGAAUUGUCCUUCGAGCAGCAGCUAAUCAAAGAGAGAGACGCGAAACGACGUAGAAUAAAAUACAAAUCGGUGCACACGAGUCGCAAAAGUCAAGUCGAAAUUACGCGGGAGGUAAUCGACAACCAAAUGGACUUGUACCAUCAAUGGUUGAGGCAAAAGAAAGACACAGAGGACGUCUUGCAACAUGCGACCGAUCAGAUCAAUCGUUUGGAAGAUUACAGUACAAAUGUCGCCAGCCAAAACAGCGUUUCCUAUCCUAACGGAGAUGGCGUCCAUAAAGAAAGACCAUCGUCGCGUCUCAGUAGCAGACACAGUACCCAUUCCGGUAGUUCAAGGAAAAAUAGACCUCGUGACGAACGAGGUCAUAGGGCGAACGGGCGUCAUUGUAGCCGCGAACGGAGGGAAUCUCGAGACCGGAGAUCGCGUCGUCGAAGUAGGAGUCGCGAGAGAAGACGACACGACAAGGAACGUCCCCGUCGUAGCCCGAGAGACGAGCGUAGCAGGGGUAGAGAUAGACGUUAGCGCGU